UUCGCUUAUUAACAAUGAAGAUAAGAGCGGUGUUUUUAAAUGUGAAAAGGAGCAAAUGAAUUAUAUGAUCUUCUCAAGAAUCUUAAUAUUUCGAGAAUAUUUCUUUAACGUACUUUUGCGAUAUUUUUCUCCUAACGUCUACAGUUGAUAACAGAAAGAGAAGUGGUUCUCCUUGCGUGGUUUAAAACAGUGACUCGCGGUCAAUGGCGAUGAAGGCUGAACAACCGUAUACGGUACAAAAUGAAGCGCUUGAACCAUUUAAAGGACUGAGGGAAACUUGCGUCGACAUGUCUAAUUUAAAAACAGUGGGGCGCCAACGUUUUUUGAAUGGUUCGGUCACCAUACUGCAGGACCUGGAUAGUGAUAACUUUAAAUUUCAAGUAGAAUUAUUUUCGAGCCCACAGGGUGAUGGUCAAUACAAGCAACUACCAAUGGGUGUGCCAAUGACUAGAGUUUGCGAUGGAUUCAAAGAUUUGUACACAAAAAUCGUACAACCUUCUCUAAAACAGGGAGAAAAUACGAACUUCCCGUUCAUAACGGAUGAGGGAUUGUGUCCUUUACCGGCUGGAGAGUAUUAUAUAAAAACUGUAGAGUUUGAUACGGAUACCUGGCCAAAUCAGAUUCCGCGCGGCGUCCUAAAGGCUGUGUUAACAUUUUUCAAGAAUGAAGUGAGUGUUGGCGGAACUGUGAUGAAAAUGAAAAUCGAGGAUCGACAAUAAUCAAAGAAUAAGUGAAAACCAAAACUAAUAAACGGUUAGCAGCAGAUCAUAUAUAGUGGUACUGAAAACGUGGUGGAGGGAAUUGAAUAUUUUUAGAUAUAGCUAUCUUGAAGACAUAAAGAUUUUAUUUGGGUCCAGGGCUUUUCCAUAUAUUUCAUUACUAUCAACACUGUCACUAAUUGCCAGAAUUUUUUUGUGCUUGAUAUUUACUUAUUGACAGCAAUAAAUAUUAUUUUUAAACAUA